GUCAGCAAACAUUUACUGAGCAUCUACAUGUACAAGAUGAACAUCUGCAACAAGCCCUCCAACAAGACAGCGCCUGAGAAGAGUGUGUGGACGGCGCCUGCGCAGGCCAGCGGACCCUCCCCGGAGCUGCAGGGCCCUCGGUCCCGCCGGAAUGGGUGGAGCUGGCCCCCUCACCCGCUCCAGAUUGUGGCCUGGCUGUUGUACCUCUUCUUCGCGGUGAUCGGCUUUGGGGUCCUUGUUCCCCUCCUGCCUCACCACUGGGUGCCCGCUGGCUACGCUUGCAUGGGCGCCAUCUUUGCCGGCCACCUUGUGGUGCACCUGACUGCUGUCUCCAUCGAUCCAGCAGAUGCCAACGUGCGGGACAAGAGCUACACCGGGCCCCUGCCCAUCUUCAACCGCAGCCAACACGCACACGUCAUUGAAGACCUGCACUGCAACUUGUGCGACGUCGAUGUGAGCGCACGCUCCAAGCACUGCAGCGCCUGCAACAAGUGCGUGUGUGGCUUCGAUCACCACUGCAAGUGGCUCAACAACUGCGUGGGCGAGAGGAACUACCGGCUCUUUCUACAGAGCGUGGCAUCUGCUUUACUGGGUGUCCUGCUCCUGGUGCUGGUGGCCACUUACGUCUUCGUGGAGUUCUUUGUCAACCCCAUGCAGCUGCGUACUAACCGACACUUCGAAGUCCUGAAGAAUCACACGGACGUGUGGUUCGUGUUCCUGCCUGCAGCCCCUGUGGAGACGCAGGCUCCUGCCAUCCUGGCCCUGGCCGCCCUACUCAUCCUUCUGGGCCUGCUCUCCACAGCCCUGCUCGGACACCUGCUCUGCUUCCACAUUUAUCUCAUGUGGCACAAGCUCACCACCUAUGAGUACAUCGUGCAACACCGCCCACCGCAGGAGGCCAAGGGGGCCCACAGGGAGCUCGAGUCCUGUCCUCCCAAGAUGCGGCCCAUUCAGGAGAUGGAAUUCUACAUGCGGACCUUCAGCCACGUGCGCCCAGAACCUUCAGGCAGGGCCAGGCCAGCGGCAGUGUCUGCCAAUCCCUCCGGGGUGCUGGCUACACAUGGCCAGUCGGGUCCUCCACUGCCCUCCUCCCCAGACGUUCUGGCCCUGCCUCCGGGGAUCCGGCCCCAGAAAAAGAGGAAGCGGCGCGUGUAUAAAGUGCCUAAGUCUGGCACCUUGGACCGGGAGUCGUCGCUGCCCAGGCUGAGGGCCGCCGCUCCACCUCGUCCACCGACUCCGCGAGCGCCAGCCCGGUGCACACCGCUGGCCCCACAGGCGCCUACCACUCGGCGUCAGCCGAGUCGAUGGAAGGGACUCCAGUGGCGCAGACGCGCCUGGGCAGCGCCGCUCUGGCCGCCGCCGGGGGCAGAGGCCGAGACCCUGGGCUGGCGCUGCAGGCGCGUGCGCCCGCCGUUUUCGUGAGUCCGAGCAGCGGCGAACCCGGGGUCCGGGGCGGCCUGGAGGCCGGCCUGGCUUAGCUAGGACGAGGACGGAGGGCCGAGGAGGAGGCACCGGCCCGAUUCUCUAUGCAACACCCACCCUCGCUGCACCGAGUGCACUUUAGGGGACCUGUGGCCGGCGGGAUCGGCCUCCCUCCCCCACAACUCAGCAAUACCUGCCCCACCGGCCCUGAUGCUCCAAUAAACUUUUUUUAUGCUU